GGUUCUAAUUUCACCCUUAAAGAAAAAGCACUGGACCAAUGGAAAACUCAAUAACCUAAUACAAUUAGAGACAAAACUAAGAGGUCGAAGAUAAUGUGGGAUCUGAAAAGGAAUGGUUAAAAUUAUCGGAGAAUUAUCGCUUCGUCCACUGAGUGACAGAGAGUGGGGAGCUUAUUUCCUCACUUGCCCGCUCUCCCUGGCACUCUGUAAACUGAUGCAAAGGGACGGAACUUAGAGUAGCAUAUCCUGACAAUUUCUCUUAAGAAAAGCAAGGGAGAUAACUGGUGUGACGAUGAAGUGGAUUAUCUUUUUGCCUCUAAUCUUACCUGUGAUGGCCAGUUGUCCGAAAAAGCUACAGAAAGAAAUAGCCAACUGCAUGGCUCCAGUUAAAGGAUAUUCAAAUGAAAUCUCGGCCAUCGGCAUGCUACAGUCAGAACUAGAGACCACGGAAGAGCUAUGCAGUGAUGGCUCCAUACAAAAUGUUUUCGACUGCCUCAGUAAGUUGUACAACAGAUGUGCCAAGACGAAAGACGCCAGCAGACACCUCAACCUCGCCGUGGACCCCAACAAGUGGAGGGACGCCAUGAAUAACAUCUGUAACCACAUUUAUUAUCUUAAGGACCAAGCGGAAUGUGAAGACCGAGUAAAAACAGAGUUCUCCUCCUGUGUCACCAUACAACUCAAAAACUUCAAGGAACAGAAAGAAACACUUGACGAGUCGCCGGAACCGAACAGAAUGGAAUCCCUCAUCCAUCUCACUUGUGUGAAUGCUGACAAAGUGUUGAAUUGUUUAAGGAGACCUUAUGAAAAAUACUGCCCUAGGCCGAUGACAACCCUUCUGAUCAAUACAGUAAAGGGUUUUACUCCUAAAAUGUGUGCCAACCUAAUCCCCACGCUUGAUGAGACAGACAAAGGCAGAAAGUCGACAUUUGAACCCACCAACCCGGACAAGGUCGAUGUGUUUCAUGACGACGAGGCUGAGAACGAGGACAGAGACGUGAAACCCCCCCAGUACUGGCCUUCCCAAGACAAUCCCCAUGUACCCCCCAGCAGGGAUGUGCUCGAGAACAGGGGCGUGGUCGGCACGGCUAAAAAACAGCAAAGUGGAAAUGGUACCUCCAAUCUACACCCCAAUGUUGCACUGAGUGUUAUCAUAGUGCAAAUUGUAGCAGCGUUCGUAAGCUGGGUGAAGUGACAUCGUAUUGAGCUCUUCAGUGACAGCUUCUGUGACCACCAAAUAAGUAUGUAGCCAAAUGUCUUUAGAUCGAACUAUACAUUUAUAUAUAAAUAUACAUCUUUGUUUUUAAAUGAGACUACAGUAGUGUUUUAGUAUUAUUGCUAUAAUUUUUCUAACCCCAAGCUAGUAGAUCACUAGUAUUCAAUUGGUUGCAAGUAGUGUGCUAGCAGGAAGAAGCUUGUUUGUCUCUCAUGAUUCCAGACACUGGCGGACACGUUGUUCUUUUUAAAAUAGUUUAUUAUUCCUACGACAUGAACUUAUAACUUUAUUUCCAGUUCUGUAAAGAUUGUGGUUAAAAACGUAUUGUUUUGCUUGGACAUCCUCAGCUACCAAAUGUUGUUUUUCCUCAUGGUAAUGAGCUCUUCGUUCAAUUUGAGACCAAACUUAAAUUUCGACCUUAAAUUUUAAACUUUGACAUAGAGACUUUUGGCUGCACAGACUUUGUUACAAGCAUUUAUUGCGAUUAUACAAUUCCAAAGACUUCCCCGAGCAAGUACGACACUCUCAGAUCGGUGACAUCUUUACAUUUCAAUAACUUGAUUCUUUUACAUUUGUUGUACAUAGAAUAAUUUUAUUUAUUUAAUGCUCUUUCUGUAACCUAUAUUUACACACACACAUAUUGAAUUCAUGAAUUUAAUGUUUAAAGAAAAUCAAAAACUAAUGUCAUGUUUUCAUAUUAUUAAAUAUUAAAAGUAUAACAAUUAUGAGUGGAGAUUGUAAGAGACAUAACUCCGAAUUCAUCUAGAGACACCAAGUAUUAUUUCUGCUCUCCCUUAUUGAGCUCGUGCUUUAUCAAAUUAAUGUUUCUGUUGCCAUUUUUACUCAUUAUAAUUGGUGUUAACUAUGCAUUUUUAAUUAAAGUAGUACAUUUGGUAAUUCUUUUUCUAACCUUAUUUUUUUACAUUUAAAUUGUUAGGUAUUUUUUUCCAAAUAAUGUCAUUUGAGCUUGUACAUCUGUGUGUUUUUUUAUGUAGUCUCAAUGAUGAUAUCUGUAUAUAAAGACUACUAUAUAGAGACCAUGUACCCUACUCAGAGCACUUAUAAUUAUUCACAUAGUUCUGUCAAAUUGUCAUACUAUCAACAUGCUCUAAUUCUAAAUGAACUGCAAACUUAUAAGUUACAAACUAUUCCUAGGAAUUAAUAUUUCUUGUAUCACGUAUAAGGUUUACAUUAACAUAAGCUCAUGUGCUAGAGACAUUCUUUCUUCAUUUCACCGAUAGUGUUUAAAAUAUAAUUUCUAAAUUUAGUCAAAAUUAUCAUUCUUGUAAAAUAAACUCUUAUCAUAUAAAAAUAUGUCUUUGUAUGUAAGCCAUCCCAUUAGGAUCAAUUUAUUAUUAUUUUUAAAACUUACAGUAUAUUAAAUAUAAUUUGUCUAAUUUGCUUUUAGAACUAGAGUAUUUCAAUAUUGUGUUGACACUGUAACAUGGUAUGACAUCCUAUUUCUUUACUCUAGUCUUUCUCUUUAUUAAUUUCCCGCGCAGUUUGUAAGUGUUUGACGACAGGUUGUAUGUUUUUGCAUAAAAUUUAAAAAAAAAUAUUUAUUUUAGUUACAUUUUGUUUUAAGUUUUAUUAUUUAACCUUUGAAUUUCAAUUACAAGACUUACAAGAAAAAUAAUUUGUUUUUAACAAAACAAUUAAAAAAAAAACAGGAAACCUGAGACUGAGAAUGUCAAUGGUUAAAAAAUGUUUAGAGGAGUAAUAUUUUAUUUUCUGACUGCGUCCUGAGUUCAUUCCACAAAUAAUGUGUCUUUGUACCAAAAUGUGUAUGUGUGAGUCUGUAUAUGAGUGUCUGAGUAUCAGCAUAUAAGUUUAUGUGGUCCUGUGUUUUCUAAGGCUCCAAUUUGCAGCUGUUUAUGUGUGUCUAAAUGAGUGGUUUUUUUUUUCUUUACUAUACAGCCAAUGUUGUGUUUAAAAUUCAAUGUACAUAUACAUACUAUAAAUAUUAGUGGUGUUAACAUUUUUUUUCUAUGUAAAGUCUGUAUAAAUUUAUGGUUUCAUCAAUGUGUAACACUAAACGUUAGUCCUGAAUAUAUUUGUAUAAUUACUUAUGCUCUCAAAGAAUCAAGGUAAGAACUAUUUCAUAAUUCUUCCAUGUAGGCUACGAAAGGUGUCACGGAGAUAACAAAUAAGUUGACAAAAUGAGUCCCUAAUGUUGAAAUAUAGAGACGCAUUGUGUAGCUCGAAGUAAAGGGCUUUGCAAUCAGGAGAAAAGGCAAAACUUGCGUCGUUAUUGUAAUACUUUAAGUGUCGUUCUGGAACUAAUGUCUGCUUUAAACUCUAUUCCAAUUGGAAAUACAUAAGAACAGUUUCCACUUCAUUACUAUAUUAUUACCGUGUAGGUUAAUGUCUUUGAUCAAAAGAACGUUGUUGUUUUUUUCGUAACUUAAAAUUGCAUACAUUUUAAAAAUCUUUGGACAAGCUGGUGUUCAGUAACAAGUUGUUUAUUUGUUUCGCAGUCGUCAAGUUUUAAACUUCAUUUUAUUGUACAAAGAAACAAAUAAAAACACCUGCUGGUUAAACUAGUCUU